UCGACUAGAGAGGGCGACAUUCAGGCAUCAAAUUUAAAAAGUUAAAAUUCCCGAGCCGGUUGGGUUUUAAACCGAAAUAAAAACAUCAGAAUAUUCUUUAAUUUUAGGCACAUUUUUGAGCUGAAAUGGAUCAGGUUCUAUGUCAUGGUCACGGGAAACCAUGUUUCCUGAAGACGGGUACCAAGGAAGGACCUAACAAGGGGAAAAGCUACUAUAUAUGUAGUAUGGGACCAGGGAAGCAGUGCAACCAUAUCAAGCAAGCAAGAGUUGCAGUAUCCCAUUGCUUGGUGCACGAUGGUGACGCUGUGGAGCUGCAGGCCCUUGGGAUCAACGCAACGACGGGGGAGAGAAAGCGUUACUUUCGGUGCAGCAAGUACAGGGAGAUGAGUAAAGGAUGGUGCGGCUCAGUUAUGGUCGGUAAAAUCAACCAGCAGUGUGAUGCCUUGCAUCGUCAGCCAUUGAAGGAUCGCAACGGAACACAAGAGUCUCAGGAAAGGAAAUCUGAAAAGGAGAUCCCACAGAAACCCCAACAAAAUGGAAGGGGCAGCACUAGAAUGGAACACGCAAACCCUCAUAGAGAACCAACCAGCCAACCCAAGAAUCCUCCUAGCAGGUCGACCGUGACCAAUCCCACUUCUGCCACCAAAAAUUCAGGGGUCGCCGAUGGCACGGUCAAACAGGGUCCGAGAGUAUAUCCUGAUGAGUCAAUGCAGUACACUGAGAGGGUACAUAAAAGCAGCCUGCCUCCUCAAGGCCUGGCACUGAAGGACAAACCACUGCCGAAGUCGGUUUCUGUCCUCCGGUCAGAAAUGGAUGAACUGUCAGAGAGCUUUUCCUCCCAGAUGGACAUUUCUGGCAGUGAUGAUGUCUUCGUCACCAGCUCGGGUGCAGAAAAACCUGCACAGGGUCUUUCUACUACCAGACCGAGCAGUGGAAGUCAGGCUGCCAUGGUUCAUCUCAAGGAGGCAGGUCAAGACAGUGCCCAACAAGGAUUAAGAGGGAAAGAAACACUUUCUCCCAGGGAGUUGACUGAGCAGCAGAAGGCGCAAGCAACUGACUCCAGAGGUGCUCAGAGGGCAGCAAUCCCAGGGUCUACUGCUGUUAUCUCGUCUAAGGCUUCCAAGCCUUCCAAUCAGGUUAUUGCUGGUGGACAAUCCACAGCCAACAGCCAAUCAUCAAGCAGCUCCAUCGCACAGAUCCAAUCAAAACCCACCACUUUCGCCAAUGGUUCCCUUGCAGCCAAGGAUGUAGUCCCUUCUGUCCCCUCACUAGCAAAUAACCAUCGAAUUAACCUUGCAACUAAGCCAAAAGACCUACAAGUUGCGGCCAGCAAGCAGCAAACAGCAGCUUCCACCAUCCAGGACAGACAGGCCAAGCCCGUUGAUAUCGUGGACCUCACAGCAGAUGACCCAACCACAGAAGCCCGGACAGUCUCAUCUAACAACCAAGCCAGACAGGCCAUCCCAGCGACCCGUCCCACAGCACCCACUACGUCAACCUCCACCAAUGGGCAGCUUAACCUCUUUCAGUCUUUUGGGAAGGUGACCUCUCAGCGAGAGCAGUUGAUUCAGGCAGUUCAGAAGGACAUGCAGCUCAAGCAUCAGCUGAUCAGAGAUCUUGACAAACAGAAGAAUGUCGUGAAGACAGUCCCUCUAUCGAUGCUCCCAGACAAGGGGGCCAAGCUGAUCCAGCGAGUGGCCUCCACAGAGGCAGAGCUCAAGCAGGUUGAGGCUAGAAUACAGAAAGCCAGGAUGAGCGGGCUCUUGUCGGCAAAUACGAUGAACGGAAGUUACCAGCCAGUGACAUUGACCUCAGGGCAUCUCUUGCAUCAACAGCCCUACAUGGCCUACCAGACCGCUGCCCAGCCCCAGGUGCUUACGCUGUACGGCGGUCGCAUGACAACCGUCAGACAGCGAGAGGUCGGAGCUGUCACUAAAGAUGCCAUUGAAAAACUGCACAGCUCUCUGCAAACAUGCCCCGCAGCGGACACAGAAACCGAUGACCCCGAGGGGUUAAAGGUCAGCCUGAUGAUCCACCAACGGCAGGCCCUGACCUGGCUGAUCUGGAGGGAGCAGCAGCAUCCGUGUGGGGGAAUUCUGGCGGAUGACAUGGGCCUGGGCAAAACCCUGACCAUGAUCUCACUGACUCUGUGGCAGAAACAACACGGUGAUGCUGCUCCAGAGAAAGUACAAGAUCCCCAGACAAAAGACCAAGGGUUCAUCACUUCGCGAGCCACCCUAGUUGUGUGCCCCGCCUCCCUCAUGCUACAGUGGCAGAAAGAAGUGGAGCGGCGCUGUGCACCAGGCCGCCUGUCCACCUAUCUGUACCACGGCUCCAACCGCGAGCGUAGCGCCAAAGCCCUGGCCCAGUACGACAUGGUCUUCACCACCUACAAUCUAGUCAGCAAGGAGCUGUCUUAUCUAUCCGCCAAGGAAAAGGGAGAUGAACCGGUGAAGGAUGGUGCGAAUCUACCCACUUCACAAGGAGAACACCCCCUUCUUCUCAAGAUCUUCUGGGAGCGUAUCAUCCUGGACGAAGCCCACAGCAUCAAGAACCACAAGAGCCAGACGGCUAUGGCUAUCUGCCGGCUACGUGCUAGGGCUCGUUGGGCUGUGACAGGCACGCCGAUCCAGAACAACCUGGUGGAUAUGUACUCGCUCUUGAGAUUUCUGAGAUGUUCCCCCUUUGAUGAGUACAAAGUCUGGAAGAGGCAGGUAGACAACAACAGUAAAUCUGGCAGCAACAGACUCAACGUUCUGGUGAAGAGCCUGCUACUCAGACGCACCAAGGACCAGAAGAACACAGCGACAGGCAAGCCCCUGGUGGCACUGCCUGAGAAGCGUUGUCACAGCCACCAGAUAGACCUGUCUGCUGAUGAGAGACGAGUGUACGACAAACUCUUUGGAGAAUCCAGGUCCAAAGUGCAAGACUACAUCAACUUCCAUGAGGAGAAAGACAAGGCUCAAAGGUCAGGGGUCACUGGCAAGACACCAGCCCUGUUCACCAGCGCUGGCAACCUGCCAGCGGCCAGGGGCGGGGCCAUGGGCAAGGCCAUGGGCGGAGCCACGGGUGGGACCAUUGGAGGCACUGCCCAGGGCCAAGAGCAGCGUAUGCACGCCAGUCACAUCUUGGUCCUACUGCUGCGGCUGAGGCAGUGCUGUGGCCACCUCAGCCUUCUGAAAGAGGCCGUGGACACUGAGAGCUGUGAGCCAGAGGGCAUUGACCUGGACGUGGUCGGGCAGAUGAAAGAGAUGACCAUUGGAGAUGAUGAGGAGGAAGGAUUGAGGAGAGGAGACAGGGAGGACAGGAUCGCAUCCAAACCAUCCAUCUUCAACAAGAUGAUGCCCAGCACUAAAAUUGCUUCAGUGCUCUCAGCCCUGCGUGAGAUUCGUCGCAGCAGUGGCAGCAGCCAGCCCGCCUCCAGCAAAACCCCGCCCAUCAUGAAGAGUGUCAUCAUCUCCCAGUGGACCCAGAUGCUGGACGUGAUGGCAGCCCACCUGACGCGUGCCGGCUACCGUUACUGGAGCAUCCGCGGCGACGUCCCACCAAAGAAGCGAUCCGAGGCCCUGGAGGACUUCAACAACAACCCCCGGGGGAGGGAGGUCAUGCUGGUCUCGCUGCGGGCCGGUGGGGUCGGGCUGAAUCUGAUUGGUGGAAACCACCUGUUCCUCCUGGACAUGCACUGGAACCCAGCUUUAGAGGACCAAGCCUGCGAUCGGAUCUACCGCGUCGGCCAAACCAACAACGUCUCCAUCCACAAGUUUGUCUGCAAGAACACCAUAGAGGAGCGGAUACUGGAGCUGCAGAAAUCCAAAUCCAAGCUGGCGUCCGAUGUCCUCUCAGGAGCAAGAUCCCAGAGCCAGAAACUGAGCCUAGCAGACUUGCGUUUCCUCUUUGGAGUCAAUUAGUUGAUCAAGCAAUGAAACAGUCGACAAGGUCAAUUAAACAAAUCUAGGGUGCGCUCCACUCAAUGUCAACAUGUUUACAUUCUUUAGAUAUGCCCUGUAAAUGUGCUCACCCAAAAUGGUAAUGACGAUAAUAUCCCCGACAAACUGUUGUCAAAAUAACGACGCCCUAUAUGCCAAUCCUGCAAGUGUCACUGUUUGGAAAGCAGCUUCUAAAAUCCCUGAAAAUUGAAUUGUGCAUGAAGUGAAAUGUUUCCGAUAAUACAUGAAUUUACUGGAUUUGCAGAAAGCAGAAAACUUAAAGGUAAUAUACAACAUUCGCAAAUAUCAGAAAUGAAAACUACCCAAUUGUUAUGAAAUACCUUACUUGACUGUAAGUGAAUAAUAGUCUCAUGCAUCCUGUGAAAUCAUGGCACCUG